AUGUUUGGCUUCAUCGCUGACAUACUCACCUCUAUAACCUCCAUCCUCUUCCCCGUCUACGCCUCCUACAAAGCCCUCCGCUCCUCCGACCCCGCCAAUCUCGCCCCAUGGCUCAUGUACUGGACGACCCUCUCCCUCUUCCUCGUCGUUGAAAACCAACUCUACUUCAUCCUGUACUGGAUCCCCUUCUACUCCUGGAUCCGCCUGGGUGUGCACCUCUACCUCGUAGCGCCGGGCAAACAGGGUUCCGUCUUCUUGUACAAAGAGUACAUUAGUCCAUUCCUGGAAGAGCAUGAGCGGCAGAUUGAUCGCAUGAUUAGUGAGGGUCAUGCCAAGGCGAAGGCGGCAGGGAUGGAUGCUGUGAAGAGGGGUGUCGAGUAUGUCCGGGUGAACAUGUUGGGUCAGGCACCGAAGCAACCUACGCCUCCGCCUAGCAGGAACGUGAGCUACAGUACACAUCUACUCAGUCGAUUCACCAUGCCUAGCGCACGAGAUGGUUUGGCCGCGGCAGGGACUUCGGAUCUCUUCAGUCUACUUGGGAAGGCAAUUUCACAAACGACAUACCCAGACGCAACGACAAGGGAAGAGCAAGCGCGAGACCUCGCAAGCUCAGGCACUCUAAUCCCACCUACACUCUCCGGCCACGAGCGCGACGAAUUCGUCAAUACCCAACGCGAGCGGCUCCGCACUCUCCUCCAGGCCUUCGAUACCGAAGCCUACACAUCAACCACAGCCGGCGCCUCCGGUUCGCAGCCUCGCUCCCCAGCACCCGGUAGACCAUCAUCUCGCAAAUCAUACCUCGCGCCCCGGGACUCGGGAAGCGGGUACAUGCACCAGAGUCGGUCGGAGUCCGAGUUCGAGGAUCUUGGGUACGAGACUAUGCCGGAUCCGGAGCAGUAUCGUGUGCAAGACGAGCGUGAUCGUCCUCCACCGUCUCAUAUGGAGAGGCCGGCGAAGGGCAGUCCGGGGUGGUCGAAUUGGAUCUGGGGCAACUAUGGCGAGAAGGAUAGCUUCAUCGAUCCGAAGAAACAUCUUUGA